AUGGCGCGCGCAGGCCCCUCUUCAGCCCCAAAGGCUCCGACGAAGCCAUACGACCACCCGUCGUCUCUCCCGUCUAAGAGCGCAGGUGGGAACGGUAUCGUACUGGAUACGGGCGCACCAGCGGCGUUAGGGCAGACGAGCAGGAAAGGAAAGAAGGCGUGGCGCAAGAAUAUCGAUUUGAGGGAUGUGGAGGGGGCUUUGGAGGAAGCCAGGGAGGAGGAGCGGGUCACUGGUGGGAAAGUAGCGGACAGGAGUAAUGGUUCCCUCUUCACUGUCGACGUAACAGGAGAUGCAGCCCUGGCAUCCAAUCUCCGCAAGUCUCGGCCCAAGAAACCUCUUCGAUCCCUCGCUAUACUGGCUGAACGGUCCGCCAUCCCCUCCCUCUCCCCACGGUACACCAUCGCCCCCUCCGCCCCCAAAGUCCGCCCUCAAGAAAAAGCCCGACUCCGCCGAAUUGCACUGCGGGAACACCGUCCGGAAGGUCAAUCGGCCUCUCAGAUCCCUAUUGCCCCCACCCUCGCCGGAUCCGAUGCGUGGGCUUCCGACCCCACUCUGAGUCUGCCAGGCGGAUUCGGGGAAGAGGCUAUCGCGCCCCCAAAGCCCAAAUUCCCCGUUACGCUCGCGCGGCGUCGGGAGGGGCUUCACGGUGCGAUCGUGGAGGGGAGGAACGGGGAGGUUCCUGAUUCCGGCACGAGUUAUAAUCCGACCGUGGAGAGUCAUCGGGCGUUGAUUGAGAAGGCGCUGGAGGAGGAGCGGGGGAAGUUGGCGCAGGAAGCAGAGGACUUGGAGCGGAUCAACGAGAGGGGGAUGGUGAUUGAGAAUAGAAAGGCUGUGGGGCGGACGGGCGAAUAUGCGGAGGGUAUGGAUAUUGGGCCUGGAGAGGUCGAGGGCGGCGCCGAGUCGGAGGAGGAGAUAGUGGACGAGGACGAGGAGAAGCGAAAGCAGAAGGGCCGGAAGACCCAGGCGCAGCGAAAUAAGGCGAUCCGACUACGCGAAGCGGCCGAAGCGGAAAAACGAGCGAAAAUGGCUAGUAAACUCGCCAAGUCAAUUGGAGCGCUCGGGGCGUUCAAGAAGGCCGAGCAGGAGCGGGAGGCACGGCAUGCCCAGGCGGCAAAGAUCAAGAAGGAGAUGAAGAUGGAGAAGGAAGCAAAGGGGACCAAGGAGGCGGGUGAUAAGGUGGGCAAGUACGUGUUGAGGAAGGGGGAUGUGGCUGUUCAGCUAGGAGAAGAUCUCGCCGAGACGUUGAGGCAGGUCAAGCCUGAAGGAAAUCACUUCAAGGAUCAGUUCUUGGCGAUGCAGAGGAAAGGUCUGGUUGAGCCUAGAUUGCCACAAGCCCGAAAGCAGAAGGCUGCCCGGACGAAGGAAUACGAGAAGCACGCGUACAAGCGCUUCGUCUGA